CUUCAAUACCGUACUCAAGUCGCUGGCGCUGGUGGGCAGAAUCUAGCUAUAUAUGGCUUAGUGUUGGGGACAUGUGCCUUCAAAUGGGUGUGAAUCUUGUGAUAGCCCUGUGCGGUUCCCAGGCUUUAUCAGGCUCGCAGACUGUAAUUCUUACUUAAUAUUGGCACCACUUUAAACAGGGCUAUUGCCUAGGUAGUAGCAAAGACGUUCAUUCGGGGUCCAUACAGCACUGUUGCCUGCAGGCUGCAGCCUAGCCCCUGGGGCCCCUAGAGGUUAUUGAGGUAGCAGAGCUAUAAAGUGGCAAGCCCCUUACAAUAACUCCAGUCUCAUUCUUUGAAAAAUCUUGAAUUUCUUAAGCCAAUUUACACAAUGGCUCACAGCCUCACGAGCCAGACGGCAUGCCCAAUCAAGGCAAUACCAGUGGAAAUUCUUCUCACAAUAACCCAAUAUCUCACGACGCCAGAGCUAUGUUCUCUUCGGCUGAGCUGUAAGGCCAUUGAAGAUAGGACCUGGAACUCCUUCACCGACGAAUACUUUUCGCGCAAGCAAUUUAUGAUCAGUCCAUUCAGCCUUCGCGCCCUCAUCAGCAUCUCCCAACAAAGCAGACUCGCAGACAAGAUCCGAUGCCUCCAGAUUGGCACGGAUCAGAUCUUGCCGUUGCAUAUUGAGCGUGUUGAUCAUGAGUCAUCCAGCAGCCUCGAUAGCUACCUUCAGGCCAACGAUCUCUUUGCUGCGCAGGCCAUGCUGCUCCGCACCGGCAAACAAGUGAAGCUUCUGGCGGAAGCAAUGCGCAACCUGCCCAACCUCGAGAAGGUGGUUGUCCGCGACUUUAACUCGGUCAAUAAGAGACAGAAGGAUUCAGUCAAUACCUCAAAAUGGAGAAGUCAUGGCGCCACUAUCUCUGAGAGGGCAGGCGCCGUAGUCCGCAUUAGGAACUCGUCAAGCUGGGGAGCCGACACAGACAACUUCACCGCCACUGUGUUCCACAGCGUCUUGUCCGCCUUGGGGGAGGCUGAGGUGAGUGUCAAGUCGAUUGAACAGUUGUCUAACGACGGCAUGGACGACCACAGCUUCGCCCUAGAUCUCACCAUCUCGCCAGAGAUCCUCCCAGUCCUUCGGGGACUUCAAAGGUUUCAUGUUUCCCUCAGUAAGCCGAAUAUUGAGCAAGAUAACAUUUAUCACUACCGCUACUUCACGGCGUUUCUCCAACAUAUGCCGGACCUCCGAGAUCUACGCAUCAAUGUACAUAAUGGACAUUCGCCCGAGGCCUCAAGUCUCCUGAAGUGGCUGUCGUUGCCGAUCUUGGCCGAGGACACCCAUGCCAAUUUGGACAGCCUCCCCCCUGGGCUUCCUAGCCCUGUCAGCCUGGAGAAGCUCGAUGCCCUUAGUCUGGGUUUCAUCGCCGCGGAGCCUGAGUCUCUCCUCUCACUCAUCGCUAAAUUCGCCCCUCGGCUCUGCAAAUUGGAACUCUGGAAAGUUUCCCUGCCGUUGCUUCCUCGUCCGCCUGCCCCUUCAAUGUCAUCUGGCGACCCCAAGGCUUCUGCGUGGGAGCCUUUCAUCAAACGACUAGUAGCCAUUCCACACUUGCAUUUGGAGGAAAUCAUGAUCGGCUGUAUGCAGGAGCGCGGCGCAGUGAGAUCGGCCGGGCGUAGGCCAGUUCGAUUCACGGACAGACAGGCCACGAAACACUACAAGGGAACCGAUUGGAAGACCUUUGUUGAGAAAAGUGUCAUUCCUCUGAUAGGCCCUUCGGAUUUCCCAGACCAUGGCGGACACCGCUACGCCUCUGGCAACAACUCAAGCGAUUCAGAUGAAAGUAUGGAUGAAGACGCUCAUGAGGAUAGUGAGGAGGAGGAAGAUGACGAAUGACAGGCUUUCAGAAAGGCGUUCAAGGUGUUAUCGUUUCAUGUUUCUUUACAUUGCCCUUGGCUAUCAAUUUCGGCUCAUAGUCACCGGCCAUCUUUUUCCUGUUGCAAUUGCCUAGGCCACAUACCAUAUACUUCGUUCAUUGCGUCAAUACUCAAUACGGAACAUUCAAUCAAGAUGUUAAAAAAGGUCAUAGCUUUGUAUUGACACGAAUGUCUAAGUAGAUAAUAGACUUAUUGAUGCUGGACAUAGAUUCGGGCACCUAUUAAGUACCGGGUACAGUGCACUUAAUAAUAUACAAGUACGGAUACUUGUCAACUGGUGACGCGAUUUCUAUAUGACUUACGUUAGUACUGUCAAGUCUCAAGGUCUCGAGGGCCGCAAUCGGCGGUCCUACGUUAGUACACAACAGGGGUUU